AUUUAACAUUGCAAUUUCUUUUUUUCUCUUCACUACACCAUCUUUACUUAAAAAUGCGUUUCUCUGCUACCAUUGCUUUUGCUGCCACCUUUGUUGCCUCUGCUCUCGCUUGUGCUGAUGCCAAGUCCGUUUCUGCUGUCGCUUACCUUACCUCAACCACCACCAAUGCUACUGGUAUCGUUCGCUUCACCCAAGAACGUAAGAAUGCCCCCACCGUUGUCUCUUACAACAUCACCGGUUUAGCUCCUGGACAACACGGCUUCCAUAUUCAUCAAUUUGGAGAUCUUUCCGGCGGUUGUCUUACCUUCGGUCCUCAUUUCAACCCUUUCAAUGAGACUCACGGUGGUCCCGAUGCUGAACAUAGACACGUUGGUGACUUUGGUAACAUCAGCGCUGAUGCUGACGGUAAUGCUUUAUUCAACCUUACCAGCGAAUCCAUCAAGUUAUAUGGCCGCAACUCCGUUAUCGGUCGCGGUAUCGUUGUUCAUGUCGGUGAAGAUGAUCUUGGUUUAGGUGGUUCUCCUUUAUCCAACACCACUGGUAACGCUGGUGACCGUGCUGCUUGUGGUAUCAUUGGCUACUCUUCCACUUAAAUUGUAUAUAUAUUCCCUCACUCUACAUAUUUUGUUACAUUACCAUUUACAUACUGAAAUAAAUAAAAGAAACAAACU